ACAAGCCGCCCAGAGGAGUCUGGCGCUGGGACAGGCUGAGCUGCGUCGGCAGGAGGCGGGGAUUGCGGAAAAGAAGAGCCAAUAGGAGUAAAGCUUCCCCGCCUCUCCACUUUGAUGGACUGCCACAUUCGGACCAAUGGGGGAAUUCUCGCUUCGAAGAAAGCGGGAUUUUUACGCCGGGUUUGAGAGAGAGCCUGCGCGGAGCGGGAGGGGUCGAGACUGGGCUGAGUAAAGGAGCCUUGCUGGAGCUGCGGAGCGGUGUCCUUUGACCUCCGUGAGGAGUCACGUGGGCUGUCGGGGGCGGGGGCAGAAAGGCUGGUAAAGUUCCUUCCGGGUCAGUGACAGAAGCGUGAACUCCGUGGGAACAGUUCCUGGCAUCCUAGUCUUCCGUGCCUCUUCCUUGUCUCAGCUCGAGGUGAUUGUGGUUUCGGCGAUGAGCUCCCAGAAAGGGAACGUGGCUCGUUCCAGGCCUCAGAGGCACCAGAAUACGUUUAGCUUCAAAAAUGACAAGUUUGAUAAGAGUGUUCAGACCAAGAAAAUUAAUGCAAAACUUCAUGAUGGAGUGUGUCCGCGUUGUAAAGAAGUUCUUGAGUGGCGUGUAAAAUAUAGCAAGUACAAACCAUUAUCAAAGCCUAAAAAAUGAUGUGUGUACCCAUAUGCAAUUUAUUUGAAAAUUCAAGUAAGUUUGUGAAGGCAGAGGUGAUUGGGAUGAAGAUAAUUGAACAAUGUAUGCUGUCUGCCAGAUUCUCAGCAGAAUUAAAAGAUAGUAAAGACUGAAUUAUAGUUUGACUCUUUCUUUUCCUUCCCCUUCCUGCCUUCAUUCCCCACCAGCCUGGGAAAGGUGUACUGUAAAUAGCUGAGGAAACCCCUGCAGUUGAGUGUCUUUUUCCUUUAAUAUAGCAUGACUUCCAUGAGUGGCAUCGCAGAGACUGUGUCUUAGAUCAGUAAAGUACUUUUAGUACACUGGGAUGCAGAAAUAACUUUGUUAUUAUAGAACCUUC